AUGGCCAGAAAAAUUCAGUUAAGAGAAGCAGUGGAAGAAAAUUUGGGUUUAGCUUUUGGCUCUAGUUUAGAUGUGGAACUUGAAGAAGAUGACGGUGUAUAUGUUGUUAAGCUUGUUGCAAAUCUAACUUUUGGUUUACCAGUAGCAGCGAAUGCUGUUGAUGUUUUAGUGGCUGUUGAUACUUUAAGUGGUAUUCGUGGGGGUCUUGACGGUCUUCGUGGUUGUGUUUGUGGUUUUUGUGCUGGUUUUUGUGCUG